AUGAAGGUCAUUAGCAACGUUGUCUUGGCCACUCUGGCGGCACAAGCCGCGGCCUUGGUCCAGAUUGAGGUGCGCUACAGCGAUCGUAUGGUGGACGUCGGCAACCUCGACCUCUUCGCCGCGACAUGGCAAGCCAUCUACGGAGAAACCGGCAACACCCGUGCCAUCAUGACGGACAGAUCCUUCGGUUCUCAAACAAACACAUGCACCUGGGCUGAGGACUACGACCCCGACCUCACUGUGCAGGUCAAGAUGAACGGAGCUUGGGGCCAGACCCCUGGUCUUUCCGUCAACCAGAUGCGUGACGGUUUGGUGCAGUCCAUGUGGGAGGUCCUCCGUCACGUCUCGGACCCCUACGGCUACGAGGUCUUCAACGGCUGCCGUGGCCUAACCUGGAUGGAGAGCGUCGGAUACCAUGAAGGUGCUGCUUGCGGACCCAAGAGCGCGCGCAACUGCGAGUAUGCGUGCCGCAACGAGAACUCGCCCGGUUUGGCUCAGUGCGAGAACCAGACCUGGGGCCACAAGGUCCCCUCGACCAUGCGCGUCACGGCUUACAUCGACGGCCGUCUCCAGCCUGAUGACCUCAUCAUCGAGUUUGGCGCGACCAAGAACCAAGAGGCUGGUGGCUGUGGUCUCGUUGGAGAGGUGGCUGGCUUCCUCGCCGGUUUCAUUCCUGUUGGGGGCGACCUCUUCGCCAAGGGUAUCGAGAUUGGCUGCGCUGAGUAA